CGAGGCAGCGCCCCCCGCCCCGCCCCUCCCGCCGGCUUCACCCCGGCCGCCACGCGCCGCCGGCCGCGAGCUGCCCGCGCGGCGCCGGCGCGGCAGUUACGGAGCGGAGCGGGCGCUGAGGGGCCCCAUGGCCGCGUCGCUGGGGCCGCUGGUGGGAGCCAUCGACCAGGGCACCAGCUCCACCCGCUUCCUGGUUUUCAAUGCAGAAACAGCAGAGCUCUUGAGUCACCAUCAAGUGGAAAUAAAGCAAGAAUUCCCUAGAGAAGGAUGGGUGGAACAAGAUCCAAUGGAAAUAUUAAACUCUGUCUACGAAUGUGUGGAAAAGACCUGUGAGAAAAUGAAAGAACUGAACAUAGACAUCUCUAACAUAAGAGCCAUUGGAGUCACCAAUCAGAGAGAAACAACAGUGGUUUGGGACAAGACAACUGGAGAACCUCUUUAUAAUGCUAUUGUGUGGCUUGACCUGAGAACCCAGUCAACAGUUGAACAUCUUCUUGAUAAAAUUCCAGGGAGAAACAAAUCUUUUUCUAAGUUUAAGACUGGUCUUCCACUUAGCACUUAUUUUAGUGCAGUGAAACUUCGGUGGCUUUUGGAUAAUGUGGAAGAGAUCAAGCAAGCGGUUGAGGAACAAAGAGCUAUGUUUGGGACUAUUGAUUCAUGGCUUAUAUGGAGUUUGACAGGUGGAAAGGAUGGAGGCAUUCACUGUACAGACGUCACCAAUGCCAGUAGAACGAUGUUGUUCAACAUUCAUUCCUUGGAAUGGGAUCCUGAGCUCUGCCAGUUCUUUGAUAUUCCUAUGGAAAUACUUCCAACUGUACGAAGCUCCUCUGAGAUUUAUGGUGUGAUGGAAUCUGGAGCUUUGACAGGUGUACCAAUUUCUGGGUGCUUGGGUGACCAGUCUGCUGCUCUUGUUGGACAAAUGUGUUUUAAAGAUGGGCAAGCAAAAAACACGUAUGGAACAGGUUGUUUCUUGCUGUGCAACACAGGUCAGAAGUCUGUGUUUUCUGAGCAUGGUCUUCUAACCACAAUAGCUUACAAAAUGGGCAGAAACAACCCUCCUUUUUAUGCACUAGAGGGAUCUGUUGCAAUAGCUGGAGCUGUUGUUCGUUGGCUGAGGGACAAUCUGGGUAUUGCUCAGUCUUCACAGGAAGUUGAAGAACUGGCUGCAGAGGUGGGAACUUCUUAUGGCUGCUACUUUGUGCCAGCAUUUUCAGGACUGUAUGCACCAUACUGGGAACCCAGUGCAAGGGGUAUCAUUUGUGGCCUUACUCAGUUUACAAAUAAGAAUCACAUUGCCUUUGCUGCACUAGAAGCAGUCUGCUUUCAAACACGAGAGAUUCUAGAUGCCAUGAACAAGGACUGUGGGAUGCCACUAAAUCAGUUACAAGUAGAUGGAGGAAUGACCAAUAACAAAAUCCUCAUGCAACUCCAAGCAGACAUUCUCUGUAUUCCAGUAGUAAAGCCAUCAAUGCCUGAAACAACAGCUUUAGGAGCUGCUAUGGCAGCAGGAGCUGCAGAAGGUGUUGAAGUUUGGAGUCUGAAUCCUGGAGAUUUGACAACAGUGACAUGUGAACGAUUUGAACCACAGAUCAACCCAGAGGAAAGUGAAUAUCGCUAUGCCAGAUGGAAGAAAGCUGUGAUGAAGUCUAUGGGAUGGGAGAAAUCUGAAACUCAUUCAAAAGGUGACAUUAGUGUCUUCUAUAGUCUGCCUAUGAUUUUUUUUGUUAUGACUAGCAUGGUAAUGUUAAUCGCAUCAAAGUACGUCUCAGGUAAAUGAGGCUACUUAGUGGACUCACUGGAUGCAGCUGAUUUUUAUGUUUCACUUUGUUUUGUUGUCUGAAGAGAUUCCAGCACCAUCGUGAUUCUGCUACCUUUGUGGCUCAAUCUAUUCAUGAAUCCAUCUGUCACCUGCAUAACUUCCCAGUGGUGCACUGAAAAUUCAGUCUUCAGCCCUUCAUUACUCUGUCCCUUUACCCAAAUCAGCUGCAAAUGCACUGGAAGCCUUUGCAUGGACUAUCUCACAUCAUCCUAUAAAAUUUCAAAAGCUCUAACGUUGUCUGAGAAAGUUGUAUGAAAAAAACCUGUAAUCUCUGAGGUAAUGAUGGCAGAUGUUUUAGCUGUCCUUUUCAGGAGUUUGGUACUUCAUGCACACACUUGAGAAAGUUAACGAUGCACUACGGAACUGUGUAAACACCUUACAAUUCUUCCAGCUGUUGUGAAUUACUUUUCAUAUGCCAAUGGUUGCCAAAGAUGUUUUAUUGUAGUUGCCACUGGUUUGAAACACCUUCAAUGGUACAAACCUUUCAAACACUAGCCCAAGAUGGAUUAGCAUAGCACACAUUGCCACUGGUUUGGCAAUGAGGAGUUUGCUGCUAUGGUCUGCUGAGCAUUGCUGAAGCAUUCAGUUUUAAGGUUAAAAAGUUUGGUUUGGCUCUGGCACAUGUAGUCGCUUGGCCCGUCAGAAGUAUAUAUGACACCAAGUCCUGUAGUUGUACCUUUAAAGAGAUGAGAGAAAAUAGUGUUUUGAUUAAGGCCACGUUUCAUUUUGUGGUUUUGUACUAGCUUGGGAGGACAAGUUUGAUGCAGCAUGCUAUUGACAGGACAGCUGCUUGGUCCUCAGCAACUGAUAACUCUUCAAACUACUCUGUACAGUGCCCUUUUCUUGACCAACACUGCAUAUAUCCUGUCAUCCUGCUUAAGUGACCAUUUGUUAAACUUUAGAAAGUUGAAGCUAACUUAGUUUUCAUUAGAGGGUCCAUUCCAAACUAAGUAUCAGUGCUUUAGUUCUUGAUUUCAUUUAGUAUAUCUCAGGGACCAAAAUCUCCCUUUCAAUUUCCAUGUCCAUAGUUUUAACUGCAAGUUGUUGCAAUAUAUGCUGGGACAAUCCAAAACUCUGUCUUGGUAGAGUAACUACUGGCACCUGACAUGGGCCACUGGAAUUUACAGACAAUGGUGACGACUGAAUCCCAUCCACUUUGAAAUCUUUUGUUUUCCCCAUGAAAGGAGUGAAGCAAUAACCUUAUCUUCAGCUUUCCUGUGUGUACCAACAGCAUCUCAAAUGCCAGCCUUAUUGGCUAGGUCAAGGAAAAGGUGUUCUUGUGUAGUGAGGUUGGAUCAGUAUGGAAUGGCAGCAAGGUUAAAUGUGGGAAUAACACAGAGAAUUUCAAAGUUGUGUUUAAAUGCACUAGGAGUUAAAGGGAGAGGUUUUUUGUGUGCAUUUGCUUUUAAAGAUUUUUGUCUUUAACAAAGUUUUUCUUUGAUUAGAGGCUUAGUUUUUAAAAGGAUGUUAUAUAUGUCUGAAGCAAUGAAUUGCACAGAAGUUCAGGUCUGUACAAUAUAUUUAAUAUCAAAUGCAUAUUAAUUGCCUUUUUAUUGUCAAGUGCAAUGACUUUUGAAAAUGUGACUUUUAACUUAGAAGACAGAGAAAGAACAUUUUUCGUCCUGUGGUUGCAUGUAUAACUUCAGCAGAGAGAAGGGAUUUUGUACAUAAGUGAAAAUGUAACAUCAUCAUUCAAAUGCUGUCUCUCCUGUAAAUACUCACACGUGAAGUGUGACAGCCAAAACUUCUGGUGUUUCCAGUUUGUAUUGGAGAGAUAAAGAGUGAAAAAAGAAUAUGAUCCCAUAGAAAAGUUUUCAUACUCCUUACCUUUACUCUGAGCUGUUUCUGAUCCCACUGUACCUUGAAGAAGAGGAGUGGAGCAGCCUGUGGAGCACAGGGAGUAGGGGCAGAACACACCUCAAACUCUGGACUUUUUAAUAUGACCUUUGACUCUUGCCAAAACCACUGAAGUGCUGAACCUGGGAACGAAUAAUGCUGAAGUGUUGCCUUUGCCCAUGAUAAAUGUGGCAGGGGGAAAGCUUGUACCUAACAAGUAGGAGAGGGAAUUUUUGCUGCUUUUCUGACUUAUCUUUUACUGGGAAACACAAUUCUUAUUAAUUUUUCACUGAGUAAGGAUCAAUAUUUUAUUUUCAAUUGCUGUUGCAAAUGUUUUUUAAGAGUUUCACAUCACUGUUAACUUUCUACCAACAUAGUUGAAAUAUAUUGUAAACUGCUUGUUGGCGGGGAGGGGACAAACUGUUUAAGUUAGCUUUUUGUGAAGCUGUGAUUAUUUUUUUUUUUUUUUAUGAAUUACCAGUUUAUAAAUUCUUAAUUGAGAAAUACAUUAACCUGGUAUUAAAGUACCAUAAAUGAAUUGA